AUGUCGGAUGAUAUACGCGCUGCUAUCACUGCAAGUUUAUUCUCACCAGAUGUUGGUGGUGUAGCUGAAAAACUACUUAUUCAUCUCAAAGUAUUUGAAGAUCUUAAACAAGGCGAUGCAAGUAAAGGAGCUGGUAUCAUGGGAAAACCUAGAUAUUUAUGUCUAACUCAAAAACGUAACAGAUGUCGACUUUAUAAGACGAAAAGGAAUCAAAAUGGUACUUUUAGUAUUGGAAAAUCUUGGUCUCUGGAAGAUAUUAGACAAGCUGAAGUUAUCGAUGCAAUCCUUGCUCACCGCUCUGCUCCGCCUUUGGGUUCACCAGUAUCAUCACAAUCAUCAAAUAACCAACAAAUACCUUCACCAACUUAUAAUAAUCUUACAAGUUAUGAAACUGAAACCCAACCACGAUCACCUAAUACUUUACAAUCUACUCCAAUAUCAUCUAACAAUUAUCCUAAUCCAAUUUCACCAUCAGCAAGUACAGGUCGACUUACUCCAACUCAAGAAACAUUCAGACAUAGUCCCAUAUCUUCUCCUCAUCCUCUUUCAGAUCAAAAGGAUGAAAGAAAGGAACGAGAAAAGGCUCGAGAACAGCGUCGGGAACGGGAAAAAUUGGAAAAAGAAUCUCGUGAAGAACAAGCAAAGCAAGAACGAGCCCUAGAACUUCAAGAUAAAAUGACUGAACAAGCUUCAUUGAUGAAUGUAGAAGAAAUCUUGACUGACUUCAAUUGGAAAACAAGUGGUAAUGCAGCUGUGCUUGAAAAACGACUUUUAGGUGAAUUGCAUGCACUAGAAGCUGCAAAUGUACAUGCUAUCAUACAAUCAGAUGAACGUGUCCAAUCGGUGGUGGAUCGGAUCGAUAAGGCAUUAGAAGACUUGGACAAUAUGGAAAGUUGGUUAUCUCUUUAUGCUGCUGAACUGAAUAGUAUGGGUGAUGAUAUACAUGAAAUUGAAACACAAAACCGUGGCUUACAAAUCCUGACUGUAAAUCAAAACAACCUCAUCAAAGAAUUGGAUCAUAUUUUGAAUGAAAUCUCCAUUCCACGUGAAUCACUGGAUAAUCUCAAGUACGAUCCCAUGGAUACAACUGACGAUAUUGUAGAAAUCCAAAAUAGUGCGGAAUUGUUACAAAGGGCAUUGAAAAUCAAACUUCCUGACAAUCUACAUGAACUCACUGCUGUCCAAGAAAUGAUCGAAAAAUACAAUAUCUACAGUAAUGAAUUUAGCUCUCGUAUCUUUGACUAUCUCAAGUCCAAAUUUGAACAUCAGGCUGGUGCAUUUAUGUCCAACAAACCUCCAACUCAACGAAAAGUACCAAUAGCAUAUCCUCAUGAACAAGUGGAAGAUGCACUCAUUCGUUAUCAAGGGUUUUCUUUAUGGGAAAAGGAAAUGGAACCAAGAAUGUAUAAUGAAUUACAACGGCAUUACGCAUCGACAAUGGCACCAACAUACGAACGUGAUAUCAGAGAUAUGGUAGAGGUGACUCGUCCUUAUUAUUCAACUCUAAGAAAUAGAUCAUUAGAAGAUGUUGACUAUCUCUUCCGAAAUGAUGAAUCAAGAUCUGCAAGGGCAUUAGCUUAUGGUGCAAAACUAGGCAAUGUAGCAACAGGAGGAAGUGUUGGAAGUGGUGGCAACAUUGGAGGUGAUUCUAGUCGUCAUAGGAAUGUUAUACGUGGAUCAUUAGAUGGUCAAUCCAGUGUGGGCAAUAUGGAUGAAGAUGAAAAAGCUGCUAGUGAUGCAUUCUCCCAUUUGAUGAACCAAUGUGCCCUUCAAGUCUGCCGUGAACAAAAUUUUGUUUGUGAUUUAUUUGAACAAUCUCCUUUUGCACCAAAAUCCUUUUUGGAUCGUGGUCCUGUUUAUGCUUCUGUUCCUGACAAGUCUCGUCUCUAUAGUCACCGUGAAAAGAUCCGUGAUGUCAAGAUAUCGAAAAAAGUGCAGACUUGGAUGGAAACUAUCUUCGAAUCUUUAGAGCCUAGCGUGGUGCCACUUGUGGAAUAUGGACUCAAAAGUGAUCCUAUUCAAGCAGUCAGCAUGAUGACCUCUGUGGAAUUCCAAUUGGAAAAAUGGAAAGAAUCAGAUCAAGAAUUUAUAUAUACCUUUUUUGAUUCUCUGAUGUUACGAGUGCGACGUUAUUUCAAGCAAUUCGUGCUUGAUCAAAUCAAAAUCAUUGAUGAUACCAAGGUUAGUUCCAAGAAACGGCGAGGAAUCUUGCCAUCCUUCCGGACAUUCCCUUUGUUUGUGGCUCGUAUAGAAUUGGCAUCCACGGGUGCAGAAGCUGAUUCCCAGACCAGACAAACUAUCAAUGAUGCAUAUGACAAGAUUAUAAAGAGCAUGAUGUCAAGUUUGGAUACCAACGCUAAAGAAAGUGAUGAAACUGGUGAUGACAAAGAACAGUUGAAUGCAAACAUCAUGUAUAUUGAAAAUAUGCAUCACUUUUAUCAAGCAUUACGUAGCAAUAGGUUACCUGUUCUAGAAAAAUGGGUGAAAGAAGCAAAAGCGAAAUAUGAAACAAGUUUGGAUGCAUAUAUCAAGGUUGUGAUCCGUCGACCACUUGGGAAACUUUUGGAAUUCUUUGAUGGUGUAGAGGUCUUAUUGCGAACAAGUACACCUGAAGAAGUUGCAUUCCAUGUCAAUUACAACAAAUCACAAUUACGCAAAGUCAUUGCUCUGUAUCCACCAAAGGAUGUACGGAAAUCAUUGGAACAACUUUAUAAACGAGUUGAUAAACAUUACUCUGAAGAAGAAGGAUUACUACAAGUCAUGUGGCGUGGCAUUCAAGAAGAACUUAUUGGACAACACGAACGUAUGGAAGGCCUUAUCUCUAAAUGUUACCCUGAUGCUGGUGUUCAUCUUGAAUUCUCUAUCCCUGAUUUAUUGGCUAUGAUGGGUGAUCAACAGACUCGAUAG